AUGGUCAAGGAGCUACUUGAUAUUUGCAAGUUCAGGACCUUGGCUGAAGUCCCAACCAUGAUCCAGGGUUUGCUGGCCAAUCCCACUCAGAUCCAGCUGAAUGUAGCUGUGAUUGGAGAAACAGGCUCAGGAAACUCCUCUCUAAUCAACGCGCUGAGAAGAGUAGGCUCUGAGGAGAAAGAGGCGGCCCCCACCGGAGUGGCAGAGACCACCAGGAGAGCCACAGUCUACCCAUUCCCAUUCGUCCCUAACAUGUACCUUUGGGAUGUACCAGGAGUGGGAUUGAUGGAGGAUGACGUGAAGCUUCUGGAUUUCAGCCACUACAGCGUCUUCCUGCUGGUGGCCUCGGAGCGUUACAAGCACAUCCACAGCUGCUUGGCCAAAAUUAUUGCUUCAGAAGGGAAACAGUCGUUCUUUGUGAGGAACAAGAUAGAUGUCGACGUGGAGGCCCAAGCUGGAAACCAACCCAACUUGAAGGAGACACUUCAGGAACAGAUCCGGAAGAGCUGCGUAGAAGCUCUGAAGAACGACGGCGUUGACUGUCCGGUCUUCUUGGUCUCCUCCUUCAUGGCCGAAGCCUACGACCUCCCUCUCCUUCGGGAAGAACUCCAGAGACAGUCUUCUGAGUUGAAGAGGAAGGCCUUGAGGAGAGCGAUCCCUACCGUCUUCUCCCAGCUGGUAAGGCUCAAGAGCAAAGUGCUGAUGAGGGACAUGUGGGGGAAGACCUUGCAAGUUGGCCUCUCCUCUGUGGACAAUCUCAAGGAGACGGUGGUUGAGAAGCUGCUGGCCGUCAUCACCAGCUUCUGCAUCCACCUUGGUCUGGAUGAAAUAUCUGUCAGGAACACAGCUCAGUGCACUGGCAAAGCAGCCCACCAGCUUCUGGUAGAGAUCCAAAGCUGCUUUGCCCGGCCAAUGCAUCCCACCGACGUGCUCAACCUCAUAGUUAAGCCUCCCUCGUGGAGCAGCUGGGCAUGGCGCUACGUGCCCUACUGGGGCCAAGGAGGUAAAGUGGAGGACAUGAUCUCUGUGGAGAACAUUUACAAUCUGCUGCAACAAGCUGUAGUGGAACUGUCCGGCGAUGCAGAGAGGCUGCUGCUAGCAGCCUUCUCGGAGGAUUAG